UGAAGAUGGAGAUGUUAGUCUACCCAAUUCUCUCUACAUAUUUUUCUCUCUAUAAAAGUCUCUCUUCUCUUUUUUCCUCCUCUCGUCUCUGCUCUCUGCCUUCUGUGUAGCUUCAUUGAGCUGAAUUGGGUCGUUGUGAGUUUGUUUGUUCAUAUAUAUAUAUAUAUAUAUAGAGAGAGAGAGAGAGAGAGAGAGAGAGUUUUGUAACUGUUUAGAGAAGUAGUGAAGGAAGAAGAUGGGGAGACAACCAUGCUGUGAGAAAGUAGGGUUGAAGAAGGGGCCAUGGACAGCUGAAGAGGACAAGAAGCUCAUUAACUUCAUCCUCACCAAUGGCCAAUGCUGCUGGAGAUCUCUCCCGAAACUUGCAGGAUUGUUAAGGUGUGGAAAGAGUUGUAGGCUGAGGUGGACAAACUAUCUUAGGCCAGACCUGAAGAGGGGUCUCUUAUCAGAAUAUGAAGAGACGAUGGUUAUUGAUCUCCAUGCUCAACUUGGAAACAGAUGGUCCAAGAUUGCUUCUCAUCUCCCUGGAAGAACUGAUAAUGAGAUCAAAAACCACUGGAAUACCCACAUCAAGAAAAAGCUGAGAAAGAUGGGGAUAGAUCCUCUCACCCACAAGCCACUUCCUACUACUCCAACUCAUGAUCAUCAAUUCCAACAACAACCACACGAUCAACAACAGGAACAAUCACUACCAGAGCCAGUGCCAUCUCUAUCUGAAGUGGGUCAAAACAAGGAAAUAGAGACAAUAUUAUUUGAGUCAUCCAUUACUGACACUGAGGCCAAAGAGGAAGGCCCAUUUAACUCUAUGGAAGUCAAUAAUGGCUUUUCCACAGAUGAAGUCCCACUGAUUGAACCCCAUGAAAUUAAUCUUGUACCUUGUGUUCCCUCAGUCCCACUGAUUGAACCCCAUGAUAUUAACCUUGUACCUUGUGUUCCUUCAUCAUCAUCACCAUCAUCAUCAUCAACAAUAACCUCUUCAUCAUCAUCAUCAUCAUCGUCAUCAUCAUCAUCUUCUUCUUCUUCUUCUUCCUCCCACUUUUCUUCAUCCAACAUAUUGGAGGAAUUGGAGUUGCCAACUUUUGAAUGGGGCAUGGGUUUCUGGGAUGAUGACUUUAGCAAUGCUUUGGAUUUGUUGAUCAGUGGUGCUGAUAACUGGAAUGCAACUGUUGAACCUCUUCCCCCUCCCACUCCCACCCAGUACCCAACAAGAAUGGUUCUUGAUCAAGAAUCUUAGAGCU